AUGGAAAUAGUUGGGAUGGUAGACCAUCCUAGAUUGAUUCCAGUUUUAGGGUACUGCUAUGAGAAUCCAGAUGAGAAGUUUCUGGUUUAUAAGCACAUGCCUAACAGGGAUUUGUCAAGAUUUUUGGCCGGAAGAAAUGGUGAUGAUCGGCCAUCAACCUUUAUAGAUUGGAAAACCAGGUUGAAGAUUGCAACUGGAGUUGCGGAGGGUUUAUGUUAUCUGCAUCAGUAUUCUCCACCACUUGUCCAUAGUUGGGGAGCCUCACUCGGAUCUGUAUCGAAGAAGAAAACACUAAUCAAAACAAGCUUGCGAGAUUCCUUCGAUCCCCAAGGUGCAAUUAAUGCGACAUGUGCAUAUGAUGUUUAUUGCUUUGGAAAGGUUUUACUUGAGCUCGUCACAGGCAAGCUGGGAUGUCCUGUCAAUGAUUCGGCAAUGAAGGAUUGGUUGGGAAGCACCAUGCGCCACAUUGUUGGAGAUGAUAAGGAACUGAUUAUUAAUAUUGUUGACCAUUCUUUGAUGAUUGAUGAGCAUCAUUUGCUGGAAGCCUGGGCUGUUGCUUUUAUCGCAAAGGCCUGUCUGAAUCGCAAUCCUUCUAAGCGUCCUCAAAUGGCUGAGAUCCUCAAGAAUUUAGAAAAUUUGGCAAGUUUUACUGAUAGAGAAAUUCAGCCAAAUGGUCAUUACAGCUUAAUUGCCUCAACUCUCAGUAUCAAACAAGCUCCUAAGAGUUUUAAAACGAUAGAAAAGUUUACCACAACAAUCAAAGCAAAGAUCACAGGCAGCAGAACCGCUUCUCGGCUAAAGGCCUCCAUUAUUCUCAUCAUUUCCGGAAAUCAACAACUCCCAUGUCAUUCCAGAAUGUCUCGAAUUUAUGGCAACUGGGAAAAGCUGGUUACUGCCACUUUGCGCCGCGAGGAGUUCCGGGAGAUUGCUUUGAGAACCCCGAGUGACCUCUCUUCAUUAUCAGCGUCAUCAUCCUCAUCUCCGUCUUUUAACUACAGCUCAACUUACGCCCAAGUUUCUUCCUUAUUGGUGGGGGAUUCAUUUUCCUACAUUCAAAUCCUUAGAGCCACUAAUUCCCUAGAUGAUUCGAACCUUGUGAAGAGAGGCCACUCUGGGGAUCUCUACUUUGGUGUUUUAGAAAAUGGGACUGAAGUAGUUGUUAAGAAAGUUGAUGUAUCAUGCUUGGAGAAAGAAUUGUGCUUCGUUACGGAAACUAAAAUUUAUGGGACAACACAACAUUCUAGGCUCAUUCCUCUUCUAGGUUAUUGCUUGGACAAUGCCAAUGUGAAGUUUCUGGUUUAUAAGCACAUGCCUAACAAGGAUUUAUCUAGAUUUUUGAAUGGCAAUAUUGAUGGUGAUCCACGAGUAUCGUCACUGGAUUGGACAACAAGGUUGAAGAUUGCAACUGGAGUCUUAGAAGGAUUAUGUUAUCUACAUCAUGAAUGUGUUCCAUCACUAGUUCACAGGGAUAUUCAAGCCAGCAGCAUUCUCCUUGAUGAUGAAUUAAUGGUCCAAUUAGGGAGCCUAACUGAUUUCUGUAUUGAAGAAAGGGAGAGUAAUAAAAUCAAGAUUCCAAGUUUACUCCGAUUAUUGAAGGGUUCUAGACCAAGUAAUCCUGGAACAUCUAAUGCGACGCGUGCCUAUGAUGUUUAUUGCUUCGGGAAGGUUCUGCUUGAACUCAUCACAGGCAAGCUGUGCUCUCCAAUGAGUGACUCUGCUCGAAAGGAUUGGUUGGAAUGCACCCUGCGCCAAAUUGACCUAGAUGAUAAGAAACUUUUUGUAAACAUUGUUGACCCGUCUUUAAUCGUAAAUGGAGAUCAUUUGGUGCAGGCAUGGUCUGUUGCUUUUGUUGCUAAGAUCUGUCUCGACGCCAAUCCUUCUGAGCGUCCUCAAGCAAAAGAAGUCCUCCUGGUUUUGCAUAGUUUGGGUAGACCAGUUCAGCCCACUGAUCAUCUCAGCUUACCAGCAUCAACUCAUGGUGACAAGCUAACUCCAGACAUGCUGAAAAGAAUAGGAAGGAUGACACCUACGGUUGAACCAGAUGACAUCUCAGGUGGCAGCGCUGCUUCACGUCUCGAGUUUAACAAUGAGCUCCGGGAGAUUGCUCUGAGAACCCCCAGUGACCUAUCUUCAUUAUCAACAUCAUCGUCUCCGUCUCUUAACUUCAGCUCAAAUUACGCCCAAGUUUCGUCCUUUUCGGCUGGGGAUUCACUUUCCUACCUUCAAAUCCUUAGAGCCACUCAGUUCUUAGAUGAUUCCAACCUUAUAAAGAGAGGCCACUCUGGGGGUCUCUAUUUUGGUGUUUUGGAAAAUGGGACUGAAGUAGUGGUGAAGAAAGUUGAUGUCUCAUCCUUGGACAAAGAGUUGUUCUUCGUUUCGGGAAUUGAAAUUUAUGGGAGGAUUCAACAUUCUCGAUUGAUUCCACUUCUGGAUCACUGCUUGGACAAGGCAAAUGAGAAGUUUCUGGUUUAUAAGUACAUGCCUAACAGGGAUUUAUCCGGAUUUUUGAAUGGCAAUGUUGAUGGCCAUCGACGAGUAGCGUCACUGGAUUGGACAACAAGGUUGAACAUUGCCACUGGAAUCUUGGAGGGAUUGUGUUAUCUACAUCAUGAAUGUGUUCCACCCCUUGUUCACAGUUCUUUGGAGAUGACUGUCUUUAAAAGGGAUAUUCAAGCUAGCAGCAUUCUACUGGAUGACAAAUUUGAAGUCCAGUUUGGGAGCCUAACUGGUGUCUGCGUUGAAGAAAAAGACACUGAUAACCACAAGAUUCCGCGGUUUCUGUGGCUGCCAAAGGGAUUGGGACAAAGCAGUCAUGGGACAUCUGAUGCAACAUGUGCCUAUGAUGUUUAUUGCUUUGGAAAGGUUUUACUUGAACUUAUCACAGGCAGGCUGAGCACCCCCAUCAUCGAUUCCUCUAGGAAGGAUUGGUUGGCAAGCACCUCGCGCUACAUCGUUCCUGGUAAUAAGAAACUGAUUAUAAACAUUGUUGAUCCAUCUCUAAUCAUAAAUGAUGAUCUUUUGGUGGAGGUGUGGGUUGUGGCUUUUGUUGCCAAGAUGUGUCUCAGUCAAAAUCCUAAUAAGCGUCCUACAGUGGAAGAUAUUCUUGCGGUUCUGAAUAAUUUGGCAGCACUCUCUGGUAGACUACUUCACCCCCCUGAUCAUCACAGCUCAGGCACCUUGAUUCCUUGUAUGAAGCAAGCUCCUGAGAGAUUCACAAAGAUAGGUAGGUUUUCAUUGAGCUAGAAAUAGGGAUUCUGAGGCAAGCUUCUUUGUUAUCCUUUUUCUUUUUGUCCUGCUGUUGUUGCUACCAGAUAGGUGUCAAGUUAUCAUUCAAAAUGCUACUACCAGAGUUCAUCAGUUCCUGCUAAUGCUUAGCAUCAUGAUUUUUCUUUCCUGUGUCUUCCCUUUUUCGGAUUUCCUUUUUUGAAGAGUUUUUUUCUAUGUCAAUGUUGAAGCCAGCUUCUUCUCUGUACAAAGAUCCAGGCAAAAAUCUGAAAAAAAAAAAAUUACGAAGUGAUGAAAUUCGAUGGAAGUCUUCAACCUUUUCUUCUAGGCUCUCCACAUUAUGAUUUGAAUUUGUGAUUCAGC